CGGUGGAGUAAGGAUGGGUUUCAAGUGUAGCGUAUCUGCUCUCGUCGCAGUAAUAAUUGCAUCAACCACGUUUUCAUCAUUGUCACAUGCUAAUCCGCACAUUGAAGAUGAGCUAGUUGAAAUCAAGGAUGAAUUAGGAGAAGUUUUCAAAAGCAGUAUACCAGAUGAUUACUACCAUAGAAUGGAUUUAAAAGACUGUCACACCCGCUUCCAUGCCCGUUCUGUGAAUGAGUACCGCAUGGCCAUGUUCGAAGGAGUCAGCUUGAACGGAACCGAGUUUCCCCAUCUGGCUGUUGUGGGACAACGUGGUCCGGCAGGAGUCGUACAAUGGAAGUGCACGGGAGCAUUGAUCAGCAAACGGUUCGUCCUGACUGCGGCUAGCUGUGUCUCGGAUGGGAAUGUCGGGCUGCUAGUCGUUAAAAUGGGAGAUGUAAAUUCUGCAAUCAAAUCUGACGAUAAAUUUGCGCAAGAGUUUGGAGCGAGCAAUGUAACCGUCCAUCCAAGCUAUAACACGCGUUAUCAAUACAAUGACUUAGCGCUUGUUGAACUGGAUAAUGAUGUUGUGUAA